AUGAAGUCCGCCAACCCCUCCUAUGUAUGCGCAAACUGCGUACGCACUCUCAGGAGUCAGAACGCAUCACAAAUAUCAGUCCCGGCGAUACGAGCCUUCUCCAACAAGACGCCCGCACGAGGCACGACAUCCCCUUCAGAACACUCUCCCCGUCUCUACCACGACCAGCCACGAUGGAAACAGACGCCAGCCGCCAUGAAAAUGCCCAUUCGUCUACGACCGCAGCCCAAGCAGCCCGUGUGGAAUGUCAAUGCGAAUGAAGAGCGGCUCAACCACGCCUAUGAUCUCUUUCUGGGCAAGGAUGGCAGCGCAAUGCUAGAUGAGGAAACAAAGUGGUUAGCAGUAACCCACAAAUCCCACGAUCACGGCCGUCAAGGCUUCAACGACCGUCUCGCCUACCUGGGAAAACGCAUCGUCGACCUUCAAGCCUCCCUCGCAUUGCUUGCAAUGCCCAUCCCGCCCUCCCUACAUCUCAACCCAGAAGACGUCUUUGUGCAUCCUGCAUUAGAAGGUCUGGAGAACAUCACCCCUUUUGCGAAACAGACUGUGCUGGACAAGAGUCGCCUGGCGCAGUUGGCUGUGAGGAAAUAUGGAUUGGAGAAGGUGGUGCGCUGGAAGCCAAAAAAGAGCGAUAAUUUGGAGGGCUCGGGAUUAUCGGCUGUGUUGGCACAUACACUCUACAGCAUCAUCGGUGCGGUAGCUUUGCGGCAAGGUGGUGAGGUUGCUGCGAAGACGGCAAGGGAGAAGAUUCUACGACCGCUCGGGCUCGGGGUGUAA